UUGCGUUCAACUGGUCUUUGUUUCUUUUUUGCCCCCGUUUCUCCCUAGAAACCCUAAAAAAACCCGUCUUCCCCCUCCCAUCUCAGCCCCCAUAUCGGUCGAUCUUUCGGUCAUACUCUUCUUUGUUGCAGAGGAACAUCGUGAUCCGUCAAAUUGCUUUGUUCCUCUGCUUUUCUUUCCAACUUGUAAAACAUAACAAGAAACCCUAGCCCUAAUCCUCGAGUGGAGAUUAGCUUUGUCUCCUAUUUGCAUCCGAAGGAGAGGAGGAGGGAGAGGAGAGAAGCAGUGAAUAAUUGAAGUUGAUAUUCUUUUACAACUUCAUAGGAGCUACCACCUGUGGCUCUGGUUCAAGAGAUAUUUUUUCAACUAGUCUACAAUUGGUUGCAAGCUGCUAUUUAGGAUGAGUCUCCAACAAGUUGUACAACCCAGGCCUUCUGCCAAUGGAUUUGGUCGUCGCCGUACUGAAAGAGAGACAGGACCUCGGCUGGAAAGCAGGUUGCAGUCUGGAAAGUCAAACCCCAGCGGUUUUACCAAUGCAGGGGUAAUCAAUGGCAGCAAAGUUGGAGGAUAUGAAAGUCCUUCACGUGACCGACUUAUUUAUUUGACAACAUGUCUUAUUGGACAACGUGUGGAGGUCCAGGUGAAAAAUGGAUCUAUAUUUUCUGGAAUAUUUCAUGCAACAAGUGCUGAAAAAGAUUUUGGAAUUAUACUGAAAAUGGCUAGGUUAACCAAGGAUGGUUCUUUUAGAGGACAGAGGUCUGUAUCUGAUUCUACUACUAGCAAGGCUCCUUCAAAGACUUUGAUCAUACCUGCAAAAGAACUUGUACAAGUUAUAUCAAAGGAUGUGCCAUUGACUGGGGAUGGUUUGGCAAAUGGGCUUCAACGUGAUAUUCGUCAGGAUAUUAUGAUAGACUCCGUGAUAUCACAGUCUCAUGUUGUUGAGGUAGAGAGGGAGCUGCAUCGUUGGACUCCUGACGAAGAUGAUCCACAAUGUCCUGAAUUGGAAAAUAUAUUUGAUGGCCCCUGGAAUAGGAGUUGGGAUCAGUUUGAAACUAAUGAAGCAUUAUUUGGGGUAAAGAGCACCUUUGACGAGGAACUUUAUACAACAAAACUUGAGAGAGGUCCUCAAAUGAGAGAAUUGGAAAGGGAAGCUUCAAGAAUAGCAAGAGAAAUUGAGGGCGAUGAAACUCAUGAUCUUCAUUUAGCAGAGGAAAGAGGUCUUCACUUGCAUGAUGACUUUGACAUUGAUGAGGAGACCAGAUUCUCAUCAGUUUUUAGGGGUGUUGAUGAUAGUGGAUAUGAAGAAAAUGAAGACUCAACAAUAGAUUCACAAAAUGCUGAAACAUUUGGAGAUUCCUCAGGGUCUGUAAUUAUUAGGUCCUUUUCUGAUGUGGCAAGGGGAAAGAACAAUGAUGGAGCUCAAGCAUCAUCAAGUUCUUCAUCAUUGGAUGAAGCCUUAUCUUCUCAGUUAAAUGCUGGUAGGGAUUUAUGCCGGUCAAGUUCCAGUGACCAUGCUAGACAAUUGUCUUCAGAUUCUGUUUCGAAAAGUCUCACAGCUUUAGAUGGAGAGAGCAGAAUGGAUGAGAACCAGUUAAGAGAACAGAAUGGAGGAAAGAAUUGUUCGAAGGAGUUUGUGGGUUCUGAUGAGGUUCAUAUUUCAAAACUAGAGGAUGUACAAUCAUCUCUGAACAUGAAGAAGGCUAUUCAUGAUAAAGGGGGUUUAUCUCCCAGUGCCACAGCAUAUUCUCCGACUCCAUCAUCUUGUGUUUCCUCAAAGGGGCAAGAAUGUGAGGGUUCUUUUGGUGAUUUGUCGGAUUCUUCAGCCAAAGGACAUGGGGCAACUCAAGCUGUAAAUCCUCGAGGACAACCAGGUAGUUCUACCUCUUCCACUUCAGAAUGUGUUGGUGGGGUAUCCACUUCUGGUGGACCUGGUUUGUCUCCAAGCUCGUCUGUAGGAUCAUUAUCUUCGGAGAAAUCUACACUAAAUCCUCAUGCUAAGGAAUUCAAGCUGAAUCCUAAUGCGAAGAGUUUCAUCCCAUCACAAACACCUUUAAGGCCUCCUUCUCCAGCAUCUGAUGGUUCUUAUUACUUCCCUCCUAAUGCUACUGCUAUCCAACAUAUCCACGGUGUACCCAUGGGCAUUGGGAUUCCACCUUCAUUUGGACACCAACCUGUUAUUUAUAACCCACAGGCUGCACCAAUUCAAUCACCUCAGGCAUAUAUCCAUCCAAGUGCACCUCUGUAUGGACAGCAGAUGAUUCUUGGUCACCCUAGACAAGUUUUGUACAUGCCAAGCUAUCCCCCUGAAAUGCCAUACAAAGGAAGAGAUUUCUAACCCCCCAGCUAGCCAAACCCAGUGGCUGUAAGGUGCUUGUAAAUGACCCUUCUCAGAGAUGAUUUGUCGAUUUUUAGAGGAGAAAUCCAGUGCUCGGUUGAAGAUCAAUAAUUCUGCGUCACCGUUUGGAGCCAUUGGAACAUUAGUUGCUUUGUCUACCAGUUUCCUUUUGUAUUUGUAAAAUUUGGAAGCUCUAUACCGGUCUUCCCUACUCUGACGUAAUGCUUGUUUGCUCUCAGAUGCAACUUCUCACUUUUUUGAUUUACCUCCUGAUGAAAGUAAUCUGGAAGCAACCCGGGAGCAACAAAAGAUGCACCGGUCUUAUGGCAAAAAUUUAUGCCGAGUGAUUGGGUGUGUACAGGAUGCUUUAAGUGACAUGUGUCCAUGAUUUAGGACGAAA